UGGCAUAUCACGCGCCGAGAAUUGACCACUCGGUUUCGACCCUUUCCUCCGCGCCCUUUGAAACUUUUCAACGGAAAGGGCGUGCAUCGAAAGUCCGUGAAAUGAAAUUUGCUGCUGACACGCGAACCUCCUACAUCUACGAAGGAGGCACUUUUGCGGGGGAUGCACGUCUAUGACUUUCGUGCAUACCUAACUAAUCGGUUAAACUUGUUUUUUUUCUUCAACCAACUUGAAGGCUCCUCUCACUCUCUUUCUCACUCUUAAUGCAUCCAAAUUUAGUUGCCAAAUUUGUAGCGUUCAUUCAAAAUAGGCUUGUUUAAUGGAGUUCAGUUAUGCACGUUUUCUCCUCAACGUAUAUUAUCACUUGGGAGUAUUAAAUGCAAGUUGAUACUUAAACGAUUUUUUAUUCAUUUUUCAACUACAAAGAAUUGUUCAACUGUGAAAAAUAAUUAAAAAUCUCCACUAAGAAUUUUCGUAGAGAUUCGCUGCGCACCAUCUGUCAAACAAACGUAGCACAACAUUUAAAUUCAUCAAUGAAUGUAAUUUUUUCAUGACAAUUGGACGAUGUCGAGUUUUUUUUAAAACUUUUUUUACCAAUGAAAAUAUUCAAUUUUAUUCGAUCAGGUGAAAAUUCGUUGAUACAUUCGUGAAUGAUUUUUGUGUGUCCUUGCACUAUACUGAAACCCAGCAAAUUUGGUGAUCCGAAAAGUAAAUUCCACAUGUGAAUAUCUACUGCGCCCUCGCGAGUGCACAUGGGCGUUCUAUUAAUUUUUUAUGUAUCCGAUGAAAUAACGCAACCGGCUAAUAUUGGUGGAGGGUGAGGGGAGGAGUCGUCGAGUGACGACUGACAUGAAACCGAGAGUAAGGGGAUGGAACACCUGUACGUUGUACGCUCGGUGAAACACCCCCAUGCCUGCUCGUGCUGCGAUCCCGAAUGCGACAGUUGCUCGACGCUUCCUGAGUGCGGAGGUUCGGAAUUCCUGUUUUCUUCACCGGGACUCAUAAAUAUUACGACGAAUUCAUUUGUCUUGUUUUCGAAGUUAUAUCGUCCGCCUGUUUUAUUCGUCGUUCAUCCACUCUAUUUCAAAAAUAAUUUUCAAAUGCAGAGUUCUCAACACCGAUACAGUUUUUAAAACAAAAAUAUUUCACAAUUAAAAUUUUGAAAAUUGCUUUGCUAAACUUUCUACUGAUCAAAAUUCAUUUGUACUGCGUGUUCGUCGUGGUCUUUUUUUCACACUCUUACAGUUUAUUUUUAUUUUUAACGAAUUUCAGAAACAUUCAUCUCUAUGAAAAUUUUCUCUUUGGUUUUUUUUUCACAUUAUUUGUCUUUUCAGUUUGACAUGAAAAGCACCAAUUGUCUAUGCUCGAAAUGAGGUGACAGGAGCAUAACAGGUCCAGUAUGAUGCCUCUGUACAAUGGAAAUGAGUACUACAAGAAGAUGCUUGAGUUGCAGGAACGUUUGAGAAAGAGUGAAGAAGAAAGAAUAAGGCUGGAGGAACGAUUCUCACUGCUGGAGCACGAGUCACGAAGCAGACACGAAACAUGCAUCAAUCGCUUGAGAAUGAGAUACAUCGAUUUUUUAGAACAGCAACAAGCACGAGAUGAACGCAAUCAUCAGCUUCUGGGUGCCCUUGAUCGUGUUGACAGCAGCUUGGCUCGAAUGACUGCGAAAACUGACAGAUUGGGAGCACUGAGGAAACAGUACGAGGCUUCUAUACUCGCUCGACACGAGUACAGACGUCCGAAUGGCAGUGUCACCGGGGACAGUGGAGUUGCAAGUCAAAAUGACGAUGGUCAUCGGAGAUCCGUGGAACCGUAUUGUGGUAGUGGGAACGCGGCCUUGGCUCCAGGUCGAAAUAGGCCGAUUGGAAAUAAAGGGAGAUCGAAUCGGACGAGUGGUUCAGCGAGUCAAGUGAGACCAGGUUCUUCUUACGGUAGUAAUUGGACAGGAAUACGUUGUGAAAGUUCUCCAAUGCAUCCGUCGUCGUUCGCGUUUCCACGUUUUUCCCAAGGUGUAAAAAGUCACGCAUUCAAUCGGGACAACGAAUCGUCAGCUGGGUUCAACAGCCUCGAGCCUCCGACGAAAUUCCUCAGCAGCAAAACCUCCUUGGACCCCCCUGACUCCAUAUGUCAAUCCCUUCGUCAUGGAAAUGGCAGUCCUCUGGUGUCGUCGAAUCUGGAAUAUCGAAAAAACAAUUUAUCGCCGUAUCAAGAAAGCGAUUACGCUCCGCAUCGAUCGAGCACGGAGCUCGGUCAGAAUUUGAAAUUUGGACGGUCUGUGGCACGAAAUUUGGCAGCUUCCGGUGCCUAUGACUCGAUCGAGCCGGUUCCGAGGUCCUACAAUUCUGCACCAGCUUACUUCAAGGAUUCUUAUGAGCGAACGUCCGUAACUCGAAAUUCACCAGGAAACAAUUAUGCAAAAAUUCUCCAGGGAAAUUCACCUGAUUCCGAUCGAAUUUCAAACUCAGAAGAUCGCAAGAUCCGAUCAUCCUCACCUCGGUCUCCCAAACUCUGCGAUAUUUUGCGACAGGAACUCGGUGAUGAGGAGGAACAUAUUGGUCACAUAGUGGAGAAUCAGUUGGAACGAUACAUAAGCAAAAUUCGAAGUCUUCAUCGCGUUGCCGAACCUCAGAGCCUCGAGGAAGUCGAUCACGAACAAAAUACCAGCGGUGAUUUGCUCAACGUGAGCUUAUCCGACGAUGGACCUGAUUUACCGGUCGAGGAUAAACCACGGGACAGAUUAUUGCGACAAGAUCUUGGAAACGUCUUGGCCUUGGCAAGCGAUUUGGCUAAUCAGACCGCGACAAAUGCGUUCAACGUUGCCAACAACAUGUAUCAAAAGGUUCCUCCUGGAGAUGACGUCGAGGAAACUGAUGCGAGGGUUGACGUUGUUCCUGAUGACGGGAGGAACGAAAGUGCUGUGCCGAUGGCUGUCCCGGAGGAGGGUCACCGAUUGGCGUCGAUUAAUCGACUACUCGACCAGACAGAAUGUGAGGAGAAAGAAAAUGUUUCACGUUACGAGGAACACGAGUCACUUGCCAAGAACGGAAUAAGCGGGGACGUUACGAAAUCUCAUUCUGAAUUAGCUUCACGGCCGAGCCGAAAUAUCCACGAUAUUGCGAAAUUGAGCCGAAGUAGCGAACAUUCCGAUCAAGGCAAAUGCGCUUCGGAGGGAAUUGGAGCGAAUCCGAUGAACGGGGAUGGAACAAAAUUUUUAAAGAGGCAUAUCAUUUCUCAAGCGCCCGAAGACAAACGUGAUAAAUUUUCGAGACGUUCUUCGGUCCUGCAUUUGCUUCAAGGAUCGCGAUACAAAUUGGCGAGUGGUGAGGAGAGAGAAAAUGAUGAAAAUCUUCAUGACGUUGUUGCCGAUUUGGAACCGUGGAAUCUCAGUGCACUUGAAAGAAGGGUCCAUGAAAUUAUUCUCAACGAUGAGGCACAAGAUGAUUUUGUGGGAAGAGAAACCGCUAGAGACGCGGAUGCCACUUCGAAACAUUUUGAACAUGAGCGAGCAAUGGCAGGAAUCGAGGAAGAGAUCGUCGAGUCUGAGGCUAAUGAGCAGACAAUAAACGAUUCCAUCGAUGAAAAUCCUUAUGAUCCUUCCUGGAAGAAUGUUGAAGACCUUCAGGACGGAGCCAAGGGCCAAGAUGAUUCCAGGCUAGAGAACCAGCAGUCACUUCCAAAUCCCCUCGAUUCCUUGCAAAAUGAGUCUCUGGAAAAAGACACAGUUUCAUAUCAGGAAGAAGCCAUUGAAGACCCGAAUUACGGUUCUGUAAAUGCUGACGCUGAUUCAAAAGUCGAUUAUGAGCAAAAUCAGGCGAAUACCGAUUACAAGAAUCACAUAGGUAGAUCGUACGAUGAAGGUUACCCUGAUAAUUCAAAUGUCGAUUACGCGUACAAUGCCCAAGGAUCAUACCAAAUUCCGGACGAGCAGUAUCCUCAAUACAGUUCGAAUGAUGGCGUCCAAUAUGAAGAAAAUCAGGGGCAACAACAGUACGGAUAUGCCGAAGAACAGUAUGCUCAGGAUCCCGAUCCUCAAAAUUAUGCACAAGACCCCAAUCAACAAACUUCUGUUGAUAAUUCUAACGAGGAGAACUACGUCCAGGAUGCUAAUCAGCAAAAUUAUGUUCAGGAUCCCAACCAACAGGAUUACGCUCAAGAUCUCAGCCAGCAGGAUUACGUUCAAGAUCUAAACCAGCAGGAAUACGUUCAAGAUGCCAAUCAGCCCGAAUGGGUGAGUGAUCCAAAUCAGCAGUACAAUGUGGAUGAUGGUCAACAGUUUGCCCAGGAUCCGGAUAACGUCAAUCAGCAAUAUUCAACGGAGUCUGAACAGCAGAUCCCAGCAGAUUCUAAUAAUCAAUACCUUGCGGCUCAACAAUACUCGGAAAAUCAGGAAUAUGCUGCACAAUCGAACGAAGAAUAUUCAAAACGAGACGUGAACGUUCAGCCGUAUUCGAAUACGGGUGAAUAUGUGCAAAAUGAGGAUGAAGAGUAUCAGGCUAGGACGACUGAUAAUACUUACCCAGUGGUUGAGGACUACCCAAACAACGAAGGUUACUAUCGAGUGCAGGAAGACUCAACAGUUCCCUUUGAGUCUGAGGAAAACUUUCAGCAGUCACCUGAACGAUCAACGAGUUUUGCUAAAUCAAAUAACUUACCUCAGGGCGAGACAGUCACAAAAAAGCCCAAGGAUGUUAUAAAAUCCAUCCUUGAAUCGGACACAGACUCUACGAUUGAGAAAAACGUCUCGAACACAGAAAGUGAUUUCGAUUUUAAUUAGAGCGCCUCGCCUGUUGUAGAUUCUUAGAUUUAGAUGUGCUCAAAGCUUCAAGGUGCAAUUUCAGAGAACGCUCAAUCCCCGUUAUCGUUGACGAUUAACUUGAUAAGUCGAGGUAAUUCAAGCUGAUGAAAAUAUAAACGAGAAUAGAUCAAUUAAUGUAUCCAGCAACGUAUAGUUGUCCCGUGUGUAAUGUAAGUGUAGGUAUAUAAUUAACGUGAUUAUGUAAUAAAUCGGAUUCUAGUCCAAA